AUGUGCGAGAGCAAGCCUGACUGGACGCCGAGCUCGUGGCGCACCAAGCCCUUUGCGCAGGCGGUCGCCUACCCCGACGACGCCAAGCUGGAACAAGUGCUCGCCAAGAUCAAGUCCCUCCCGCCGCUCGUCACGCCCUCCGAGAUCGAACGUCUGAGAGAGCAGGUCGCCGCCGUGCAGCGCGACGAGGCCUUCCUCCUGCACGCGGGCGACUGCGCGGAGAGCUUCGACGCGUGCACGCACGCGAACCUCACCUCGAAGCUCGGCCUCAUCCUCUCCGUCUCGCUCAUCCUCAUCUGGGGCGGCCGCCUCCCCAUCGUGCGCGUCGGCCGCAUCGCCGGCCAGUACGCCAAGCCGCGCUCCAGCCCGACGGAGCUCGUCGACGUCGACGGGGUGAAGAAAGAGGUGCCUAGUUUCCGCGGGGACAACGUGAACGGCCUCGACCCCGCCGAGCGCACGCCGGACCCCGAGCGCCUCCUCGCCGCGUACUUCCACUCCGCCGCCACGCUCAACUACCUCCGCGCCCUCCUCGCCAGCGGCUUCGCCAGCCUCGACCACCCGCGCACGUGGAGCCUCGCCCACGUGCGCUCGCCCGAGCUGCGCGCCGAAUUCUCCGCGAUCACCGCCGCCCUCUCCGACGCGCUCGACUUUUCGCGCGUCAUCGGGCUCUCGCCCUCGUCCGCGUCCACGUCGCCGCUCGACGAGGUCGACUUCUACACGUCGCACGAGGGGCUGAUGCUCGGGUACGAGGAGGCGCUCACGCGCGCGUUCCCGCAGGGCGCGGGGUCGGCGAAAAUCAACAGCCACCAGCAGGGAGGUACGGAAAAGCAAAAGCAAAAGGAAAAGCAAGAGCAAGAGCAAACGGACAACGCCGAGGGGACGCCAUCGCACGCGUACAACACCUCCGCGCACUUUCUCUGGAUCGGCGACCGCACGCGCCAGCUGCGCGGCGCGCACGUCGAGUACUUCCGCGGGCUGCGCAACCCGGUCGGGGUCAAGGUCGGGCCGUCGAUGGGCGGCGCGGAGAUCGUGGAACUGCUCGACAUCCUGAACCCCGACAAGGAGCCCGGAAGGGUCACGCUGAUCACGCGGUACGGCGCGGGGAAGGUCGCGGAGCACCUCCCGACGCACAUCCGCGCCGUGCGCGCGUCCGGGCACCCCGUGGCGUGGGUGUGCGAUCCGAUGCACGGAAACACGCAGACGACCCCCGCCGGGAUCAAGACGCGCCACUUCGGGACGAUCCUCGCAGAGCUCACGGCGAGCUUCCGGAUCCACGCCGAGUGCGGGCAGCGGCUGCAGGGCGUCUCCCUCGAAUUCACGGGCGAGCUCAACGAGGAGGGCUUCUCCGUCACCGAGUGCCUGGGGGGCAGCAUGGGUCUGCGGGAGGAGCAGCUGAGCUUGCGGUACCAGACGUUCUGCGACCCGCGGCUGAACUUUGAGCAGAGCCUCGAUCUCGCGUUCGCGGUGUCGGACUACCUGCGGAAGGAGCGCCGCGGCGGGCAGGCGGGAGAGGAGACGGACAGCGUGCUCUUCGCCGAGCUGCGCGCGUGAGGCGGGCGGGGG